AUGGCUACUGUCGAGCAAACAAAUACGCAGUCACAAGCGAUAGAGACGAAUUCCGAAGCUGUUAAGGAAGGCCUGGACGAGAAGUGCUUGGAAAGCGAGAGUAAAGAAGGAGAAGACCAAGAUCAGAAGAAAGUGUCUGCAACAACUGAUAUCACAGAGACAAAAAGAAACAUACUUACGCAAGUGGAAUAUUAUUUUGGCAACAAAAACCUCAGGACAGAUACUUUCUUGAAUCGAGAGAUAAAAAAGGAUCCAGACGGAUGGGUAUCGCUCGAUGUUUUGGCUACAUUUAACAAGAUGAAAGUUUAUACAGAUAGAGGUCUUGUGGUCGAGGCCUUGCGAGGAUCUCCAGAGCUCUUGGAAGUCAACGAAGACGGAACAAAGGUGCGUCGUAAACUUCCAACACUCCUGCCGAUUCCUGAACAAGUAAAAAGAGGCCCAAUGUUUAAGAGUAUAUAUGCCAAAGGGUUUUCAACAGACGCUUGUCCGGAUGUAAAGGAAAUAACAACAUUCUUUGAAAAGUACGGCAAAGUAAAGUCAGUAAAAUUAAGAAAAGACGAAAAUGGAAAAUUUAAGGGGUCUGUGUUUGUUGAGUUUCAAACAACCGAUGAAGCAAGGAAAGUCAGUGCGAUGCAGCUGUCUUACCAGGAUCAACCGCUUACAAUGAUGCUCAAGUUUGAUUAUUGUGAAAACAAAUGCAUAGAAAAGGGUAUAGAUCCAAACACGCUCAGGACUGAUUUUGGGACUUCAAAAGAAAGUAGAAAACCUGAUAGAGGGCAAGGUCGGAAUGCGCGAAAACCGGAGAGGGAUCAUAGACAUCUUUUUAAAAUUACUGGAGCCAAACCAGACUCCGAAUGGUCACCUAUAAGAAGCGAGGCAGAAAAGUACGGUACCGUCUUUUGGGUUGAACUCUAUGGAGACGGGACUGGAUACAUCGAGUACAAGCUGCCAUUAGAUGAAGAGAAGAAAGAGGCUCUACUGUCAAGUGAUGUGGAGAUUGAUGGUGAAAAGCUAAGCUUCACUACAAUUACUCCCGAAGAAGCGACGGAAUAUUUUACAAAAAAGAAAGAGGCGAGUCAACGUCUUCGUGAACAAAAGAGGGCAGAGAACAGGCGUUCAGAAAGGCCAGAUCGUCCUCCGGUCGUUGUUCCAGCAUCCAAGAAAAGAAAAGUCGAUACAAAAUAG